AGACUGUUGCAACGCCAAUAUAAUCUGGGGUGCACGUUUUCUGACACUUCUGUUCGUUAUCAUGAGACACAGCUAUACAGCAGCGUCCUGAGAUAGUGCAGUUAUUAUUAUUUUUGGUGAAAUAUUAGCUUGCGCGAGGGGGGUAGUAGCCGUACCACACGCUCUAUUGUGCUUGUUGGCGGGAAACUUUAUUCCAGUAAAUACUCAGCUUGUUCCUGCAGUCUGUGCGUAUUGUAAGCGUAGACGUGAAUCGAUCAUUCUAUAUUUACUAGACCUCAACAAAGUAAAUAGAAUUUGUAUUUUAAUAGCUAAUCCAAUUGCAGUGAUCGAGGCUGGGAUUAACAUAAAGUGCUGAUAAUAAGAAGUGUGGCUUCUCAGAACAAAAAAUGUCGUCGCUGGAAGAUCUUGGUCGGCGAGAGAGUGUUGAAGAAAGCGAAAAACGACGGAUUCUACGCUCAGCUAUCUUAGACCUAACCGACCAAGCCCAGCAAGAUGACCUUCGCCUUGAUCCCGAGCUCAUCAAAAAGAGCAAUCAGUUGGCAGCACAAAUCAAGGAAGUUCCAGAAGCUUUGCUGGAUUCGAGACUUGCCGUCAUUCUCGGACAGAAAGCCGUCAAGGCGUCGAGCAAGCUUUCGAUCUCUGGAGUUAACUACAACACUUCUGAUUUCCUGAUGCAUCUACGGCGAAUUCUUAGUGGCCGUAGUUCCUCCUCCUCAAAAGCAUCCUCUAUAGAUAAUUUUUGUCUUUUGUCUCGGAUGGUCCCUAGAAGAGACGCUAGACCAAAAACGCCAAUCGCCGGCUCAUUUAAUUGCGAUGACCUCAAAGAGAAACAAGUUCGGCGGAGGGCUGCUAUGCAAAGUCAGAGGACUGAGGGACGAACAGAAGUUCGCCAAAUUGCUUCAACAGACGGUUUAGAAGAGCCUACAACGAAAGCUGUGGAUCGGAUCUUUCGCGCUAUUCGAAAGUUGCAUGACAAGGGGCUAAUGCCAGUUGAUUUCUUUGAGUUCGUCAUCGACCCUGAAUCAUUUUCAGCAACAGUUGAAAACAUCUUCCAUCUCAGCUUCCUAGUUAAACAGAAUCAGGUUGAGUUCAACAUUGACGACGAGGGUGGGCCUUCACUGUCUUUCGUAACGAGUCAACAGACAACGCAAAAACGGAAUAUUGCAGCGAGCUAUAGAAGAAGCACAGGCAGAUCACAGAAGGAAGAAAGAACAAAUGAUCAAGAUGAACCUUUGAGGUCAAGGACUGUUUACAGCAAUCAAAAUGACGAGGAAGAGCAAGUCGACUGCCAAAUGGCUAGUGGUGACUGUUUUUCACAGGUUGAUUACACGGUCAUCGCCUCAAUUAGCUUUAGGGAAUGGCAAGAUAUUGUUGAAGCCUAUGGUUUAACUGGAAAGUCGAUCAUAAAACGACUCGGGGGUAGUGGCAAGAGUUAAAAGCUCCUUACGCCCCAUUGGGUCGAUCAUGACAAAAAUUUGUUAAUUUGGUUGGAUUUAAGUUAUUAUUACGAAAAAGGUAACGACUUCAAGAAUUUUUUUUGGUACAAUAUCAGCUAUCGACCUAUCAGGUCGAUUCCGUAGAUAAGUACAAUUAAUAAAAGUCUGCUACCUGCGUUUACCCGUUUCUGAACUGGCCACAAAGAAUCUGCUGAAUUUAUUUUGUGUGUGCUAUUAGUCGUCAUUUAUACGUAACGAGAAGAGGCUUCGCUCCGCGCCCACUUUACCCUGUCGGACUACUUGUAAUAACGACAAUGACGUGUAACGGGGAAGAAAAGACUCAAUUUUUGAAUAAAAAAUUUAAA